AUGGCUCCCAUACCUGAUUUUGUCGGCUGGACCGGCUCCCCAAACUACAGAGGGACCAUCGACAUUCUUUAUACCAAUUUUGUUACUCUCUUUAUUUGUGUGUGGACUGUCCUUCAUCACAACAUCCAAGCAGCUGACGACGGGUACUGGACGAUCCUAGCCCGUAAAUCUCGAUGGGCGGCUCUUGCUAUCUGGGCGCCGGAAAUACUCACUCUCUUUGCCAUUAUGCAAUGGAACGCAGCCAACAUUUCCGUUGCAGAGAUGAAAAGUCUGGGCUUUAGUGACUGGACUAUGGUACACGCCUUCUACGCAAACGCCGGGGGCUUCGUUCUAUCAACGCCUGACUUCCCCCCUUUUCCGAUCAACGCAACUUCUCUACACUAUCUCAUCCGAACGAAGCGUAUCGAUAUGCCCGAUAUUACAAAGUGUCAAAUAUGGGACAGGAGCAAGGCUGAUCGACUGGCAAAGGCGGCGGCGUUUAUCCAAGCUGCGUGGCUUUUGAUUACAAUCAUUGCUCGAGCGAGUCAGUCCCUUACCAUCACCCCCUUUGAGGUCUUCACAAUAGCCUUCGUCGUUCCUACCUUGGCAACUUUAUACUUCUGGUCCAGAAAACCACAAAAUGUUGGCGAACCCAUCACCAUCUCUGUUAACUGGACGAUUGCCGAGCUGCUCAUCUCGGCCGGUGAUGUGGCCAAGGAGCCAUACGUGGAUACCCCACUGGACUUUGUUGAGAAGCCUCCUUGGGAUGGAUGGCGGCGUUUCCCCUCUCUACUACACUUUGGAGGACUUCAGAAACGCCCCUUGGCAAGAAUCCCCAACGACUAUUCGCCGCCUCCCCCAACUGGGAAGGAAGCAACAAUUGUCUGGGUAGUAUCUGUCGUCCAUGCAAUGAUUCACCUCGUCAGCUUGUCAUUCCCAUUCCCCACACAGACGGAAACCAUUCUCUGGAGAUCCUGUAGCCUGAUCCUGCUUGUGGUGAUGGUGGUAGGCAGCCUUGUGCCCGUGCUUUCCACCCAGCCCUGGUUUGACUUCACCUUCAACCUAAUUUGGAUCUGGACUCGAAAAGCCAAAAAAGACACCUUCGUUCGCAGGUGGCUGUUCAGGCUUCCUGCCGAUGCAGCCUAUUCUAUUUAUAUUGUUGCCAGGGUUAUAAUAUUUGUUGAGAUUUUUCUGGCAUUUAGGGCCAUGCCGAAGGAUGUGUAUGAUGAUAUUCAGUGGACGUCAUUUUGGCCACAUGUGUAG